AUCGGAACGGCCCCUUCUUUGAAGUCGUCUUCUUCUUUUUUGUUUUAAACUUUUAUGCAUAAAAGGCGCUUAGGGCUAACCCCCUUCAAAUUUUGAUACAGAAGAACUAAAAGUAAGAACAAUUUCACCUCCCAGUUUCUUUUAUGAUUCUAUCAUCAUCCAGCUCCAGAUCCAUAAUGGCAAUCCUAUCCGGGAAUUUCAUCUCCACCACUGCUAAUCAGCUACAGAACCAUGUCUUUGUGAUUCCCUGGGCGCGAAAGAUGAUGAAUUUGGAUAGUACGGUUAUUAGCUGUUCAAAAGGGAGGGAUUAUAGUAGCAAGUCAGGUCCAAUGAGGUACAUACCAAAAAGGUCGUCAGGCAUUAAAGAUUCUGAAGUUUCGUCGUCUCAAUUGAAUGAUGUGAAGCAGCGUGAUAGUGUUGAAUCUAAUGGAAAAAGAGUUGAACUUUCUAGAAGUAAGCAGAAUAUCUUGAGUGUAGUUGAUGCUAUGUCUCGGAAGCAACAUCAACAUCCUUUUAGCAAGAUAAAUUACAAUGAGGAAUAUAGUACGAAGAGGCUUGCUCAGUCAAAUGGGGAGAGGUUUCAACUUUCUGGAAGCUCUGAAAGUUCAAGAAUGGGCGGCACCUUAGAUGUAAAUAAUGAAUGUGAAAUUGAAUAUGGGAAGCCACUUAGCAAUACUGGCGAUAAUAUUGGAUCCGGAACAGGUAGUGUUGUUCCACCUAAUGUGCAGAGACAUCAACCUACUGUCCAGGCUUCAGCCAGUAGAUGGAGCUAUUUUGCAGAUACUGAUUUUAAAAAUCAAAGUGAAAAGACAAGCAACAUAAAGAAUGAUAACACUCGGGGUUCAAGUCAAAUGGUUCAACCAGAUGUAGAAAGAAUUGACUUUUGCGGAAGUUCCCAAACAUCAUCCAGUAGUAGGAACAUUGCUGUUGAACCUCAGUUUCAAAAUCUAACUGAAACAUCUGUCGAUAAUGCAAGAUAUGAGAAAGAAUCAGGUACAGAUAGUAGUGUUAUAUCUGAAGGAGUGCCCCCUUUAUGUAGUUCUAGGACCUUUGUUGCAGGCACUGAGCUGAAUUACAAUAAAGAGCCAGUUGAAAAAUCAAAGCAUGAUGUGAGAUUGGGUAAAAAUAGAGUUUUUCAAUCUAGCAUACAGAAAGUUGAAAGUGCAAGUAGUGGGCAGACUUCAGCCGGUAGGAGGAGCUUUGUUCUGAACACUGAAGGACUAGGGGUUGGAGAAGAAUUUGAUGGAGACAUGCGUUUUGAGGACGACAAGUUUGUGGAGGAAUUUGAUGAUUUCUUGGAAGAGAAUAGUAAAGGCAAUCGUAGAUCUAAAGGAGUUAAAGUAAAAGAAGAUGUGCAGAAAUUGGCUGUUGAAUUACUAGCUAUGAGAGCCCUUACAGCUAUGGAGCUUAGGAAGAAGCUGCAGGGCAAGAAUUGUCCACUUCAUAUUGUUGAUGCAGUUAUAAGGGACUUCAAAUCCAGGUAAAUUACCACAGUUUUGUUUGAAGUGAGUCAGAAUUUUUAUCUAUGAUUACUUUGUGAAUCUUUUAUCGAUCAGUAUGGUGAAUGUUGUGAAUUGUCCAAUAAACGUUUCAAUACAUGUUCUUGUUGACAUUUUUGUCAGCAGAUUGUUAAACCCGCCUCCCCUUUAUAUUUGCGGUUUCAAAUUCUUCAACCUGUGUGGCAUCUUACUGCAGGGGUCUGAUCAAUGAUGACUUAUAUGCGGAGACAUUUUCCCGCUCUAGGUGGGCAUCUUCUACUUGGGGUCCAAGUCGAAUAAAGCAGGUAAAUUGGAGGUAUUUUGGAACGAUUAAGCAUGAUAUAUCUCCAGGAAGCAUUACUUAAUUGUUGUUGUACUGAACCGUUUCUGUCAUUCAACCAAUCUUCUUCUUUCCUUUUAGUGUCUAAUUAUAUGGAGGCAUUAACCAAAUUGUCUUAGCAUUCAUUCUCUUAACAAACAACUCCUUUUCCUCAUUUUGGUAUCUUUUCUCCUUCACAUGUCAGGCUCUCUACAGUAAGGGAGUGAGCAGUGAGGAUGCUGAGAAGGCCGUCAAAUUAGUUUUCAGUGAUGAUGCUUCAGCCGAUGUAGAAGAAAGUUCAUCAAGGCUUGGUAUGUCAAAGCUUUCAAUGGAUCAUUUGUUUGCUCAGGCCACCAAGCAAUGGAUGCGAAGUUCUGAUGUAUGUAUAGAGAAAAGAAAAUUAAGGGUUAUCAGGUGGCUACAAUACCGUGGCUUCAGUUGGAGUGUAAUCAGCAUGAUCAUGAAGAAACUAGAGUCCAAAUAUCCUACCUAGAAAGUCCCAGAAAUCUUAGGUAACGUUUCUGUGUAAUAGUUUUAGGGACACUUGCAAAAGUUGAUAUGUACAGUAUAUAUAUCUUCAUUUUCUUAAAAAUUUAUCCAUUUUCCAAAUAUCCAAUACGGUUUUGAUUUCAUUGGCUUUGUUAUAUUGUCAUGCAAUGUUCCAUUAUUACAGUAACGCAUAGCAUUGGCGAUUUGCACGUUUGAUCAUUUUAAUAGUAUGUAAAUUUUGUCCACUGAUUGCAUGAUUGGCAAUGAGUUGAUGUAAGUCGUCAAAGACAGCUUGAAGUGCAUUAGUAAAUCGAACUUGAGGUUGUAUUAUAAGUUAUCACCUUGGUCUUGAAUCAAUA